AUGACACAAAAAUCAUUGAAACAAUUUGACGGCGAUAUCUAUCGUACGACUGGCAAAUUGGCCGAAAACUUUAGGCAAUUUGUGGCCGCUUUUAUCGAUUUUCCUAAACCUUUGAUCGCUGCCGUCAACGGACCGGCAAUUGGUGCGGCGGCCACUACACUGGCACUGGUCGACUGUGCGGUCGCAUCGGAUUCGGCCUAUUUUUCGACACCGUUUUCUUAUCUGGGAAUAUCGGCCGAAGGUUGCUCGACCUAUACAUUCCCGCAGAUUAUGGGCCAAUCAAUGGCCGCACAAAUGUUGUAUUUUAAUCACAAGAUGUCGGCCACUGAGGCCCUGAAGUCGGGAUUUGUGUCGCGAGUCAUACCCAGCGCUCAGUUCGACGAGUAUAUCGAGAACUGGAUAUUCGCCGAUCGGACCGGUAUUGUCAACACAUGUUAUCCUCAGUCGAUGCGUGCGUCCAAACAGUUGGUCCGAUCGGCGGACAUACGCCGAGUGUUACAUGAGGUCAACCGAUACGAGUGUUUGAUACUUCGCGAUCGUUUUACUUCAGAUGAAUCCAUUAAAACCAUCGAAAAGUAUUUCGGACAAAACAAACAGAAAUCAAUUUUAAAUAAAUAA